AUGGCUUCGCUCACACGACAACUGCGGUUCUACAAGAAUGACACAACGAGACCCUUCACAAACCCGAUGCGGCGCUGGUUGUAUCACUACCUCUUUGGUGGUGCGAUCAUUGGUGGCGCAGUUUACGUCGGUGGGCGGUACCAACUUGCCGCAUGGGAGGCAACACGUCACCCCGAGGGGGGAACUCGCUUGUGUUCUGUUGGAAUGUUGGAGAUGCUAAUGCUUUUCCCCUUCAACUAUAUUUCGCACAUCUGCGGAAGGAUAAGUGAGAAUGAAUGUUUGCCGUCUUCUUUCCAUCGUGCAGUUAUUGCGGCAAUCAUUUGGUGGUACGGUAUGGAUGCGCCGCGGGGAAAAGAACGGGAAUAUAAAACACUGCAAGAAUUCUUCGUUCGUAGGUGGGAAGAUGGCGAGCGACGAGUUGCCACGUCACCUGUUGUUAUGCCUUCCGAUGGUGUUGUGCUCUCAGUCCAGGAGGAUGUGGUAGACGAUCAGUUGCUGCAGGUUAAGGGAGUAACAUAUAGCGUAAGACGGCUUUUCCAUAGCCCGCUGGGAACCGUGGCAGAGGGGAAUCGGCGGAUUGCUGUUGCUUUACAUCUGCGAACCCAAGAUUAUCAUCAUGUGGUAACGCCGUGUUUGUUUACUUGUAAGGAAGUCGUGUAUAUACCCGGUGCUUUACUACCGCACACACCGGCGGGAUAUCACUGGAUUCCCUCUGUCCUUCCAUUAAACGAGCGGGUGGUUCUCCUUGGAAGUUGGACUGACGAGCACAGUGCCAGUGGGAACAUGGGGUUGGCCCUUGUGGGCGGCACACUAACUGGGCGUAUCGUACUGCAUUUGGAUCAACGCAUCAAAACAAAUUUUUUAGCUCCCCCGGAAUACGCUGUACACAGGUGUUAUAGCAGGGCGGCCACAUCAAAAAAAGGGGACCUCCUCUCUACCUUUUACUGGGGUUCCUCCGUCGUGCUGGUUUUGGACAUUCCAAAAACUGCGUCAGUAGCGGUUAAACCAGGGGAUAUCGUUAAGGCGGGCGAGGCGUUGGUCACAUACGGAUUGUCGGAGAGUGGCAAGUAG